AAUGUCAGUCACGGUCAGUCACCGGCGUAAAGGAGACGCGUCGCGAUCCCUCCGCGAAUUUUCCUUUCCGAAGCAUAUUUAAUCCACGAAUACAAGUGCCGGGAGUGUCGAAUCAAACAAAAUACGAUCGUUGCGAAUUCUCUCAACGUUUAUUAAUUAUCAAGAGCAAUCGCAAUUAAUGGCGUCCUUCGAUGUUCGUGUGACGUUGCACACAUACGUUGCAUCAUUCAAAUCGACGACAUUCGUCAAGAAUUUCACACAUUCGUGAACGUUUUUCGAGCUUGUCGAGUGCUCAAGAAACAUCAAACGCGCGAUCGAACAUAUUAAAGAGUGUGAUACAAAUUUGUGUUAAAAUACGUCGUAAUAAUUAACUGUUUUCUGAUCUUGGCACAAGUCGGAUUCGGUCAUUAUAUCUCGCGUCGCGAAGUUGUCGCAUAAUUCAAAAUUUUCAAACGUUAUUGCGCAUGUAACCUAAGUCGAAGUUGCAAAAUGUCGGGCGAGAUAAUUCCUUCUCCCUCCCCCCUCAUUCGUGUUUCACGUUAUUUACAAGUUAUAAGUACGUCGCGCGCGUUAACGAGAUGGUCAAUUACUGUCAUAUCGCGGUAAUUAGAUGUGUAAUUGAUUUUCCUGUGCAAUUUACGCGAGUGAGUGCGUAGUUCGAUGGAGCGUCAUCUUAAGAGAGCGGCCGGAGAUGUCCAGGCUAACUAAAUACAUAUGGGAAGUAGGAAAUUCAUCGGGAAACCGUCCAAUAGAGACUCGCCCAGACGCUCUCAAGGCAAUUGUCUACGUACAAAAACUGAGGGGUCUGGAGCGCACGAAGGCGAGAAGAAAUGAGGUGGACGUGACACAAUGACAUGAUGAAGAGCCUGGUGGGGAUCAUGUGGAUAGUGUUGGUGCUCAUAUCAGGAUGCUCAGGAAAUCCAGACGCGAAGCGAUUAUACGACGACCUUUUGUCGAAUUACAACAAGCUGGUUCGUCCAGUGGUCAACGUCACAGAUGCCCUCACCGUUAAAAUAAAGCUCAAGCUUUCGCAGCUCAUCGAUGUGAAUUUGAAGAAUCAAAUCAUGACGACGAACCUCUGGGUCGAACAGUCAUGGUAUGAUUACAAGUUGACGUGGGAUCCGAAAGAAUACGGUGGGGUGGAGAUGCUGCACGUGCCGUCAGAUCAUAUAUGGAGGCCCGAUAUAGUUUUAUACAACAACGCCGACGGUAAUUUCGAGGUAACGCUGGCGACGAAGGCGACUCUCAACUAUACGGGUAGGGUCGAGUGGAAACCGCCGGCGAUUUAUAAGUCUUCCUGCGAGAUUGACGUCGAAUAUUUUCCUUUCGACGAGCAGACGUGCGUAAUGAAAUUCGGCUCGUGGACUUACGACGGCUUCCAGGUCGAUCUUAGACACAUCGACGAGAUCCGAGGCAGCAAUGUCGUCGACAUCGGCAUCGAUCUGUCGGAGUUUUAUACUUCCGUUGAAUGGGACAUAUUAGAAGUCCCUGCUGUAAGGAACGAGAAGUUUUACACGUGUUGCGACGAGCCUUACCUCGACAUCACUUUCAACAUCACCAUGAGACGGAAGACUCUGUUCUAUACCGUUAAUCUCAUAAUACCGUGCAUGGGGAUAUCAUUCCUCACGGUGUUGGUGUUUUAUCUGCCAAGCGACAGUGGAGAGAAGGUCAGCCUGUCCAUUUCGAUUCUAUUGUCGCUGACUGUGUUCUUCCUCUUGCUGGCUGAAAUCAUCCCACCCACAUCGCUCGUGGUACCGCUUCUCGGUAAAUUCGUCCUCUUCACUAUGAUCCUCGACACUUUCAGUAUAUGCGUAACAGUGGUGGUCCUCAACGUUCACUUCCGUUCACCGCAGACCCACGUAAUGGCGCCGUGGGUCCGACGAGUAUUCAUCCAUGUUCUGCCAAGGUUGCUGGUAAUGCGCAGGUAUAAUACGCCAUCGCAGAGAACCGAUUACGAUUCCAGGCCGCAGUACCAGAUAGACAAGCGUAGCAUGGGCGGGCAUCAUGGACAUCGCGUGAUGGUUAGAACAUGCAAUGGUCUCGAGUUGCGAGACCCAUCACUGUUCGUCGAGUCUUCGGCCUCGGAGUUGGUAGAGUCCUCUGUGCUUUUUCCUAGUGUCGAUUCACGGGACGAUCUGCAUCCUCGGGAGUUGGAAGCAGUAAAUUUAGGAAGUACAUGUCGUAUCCACGGUUCGCCAGCGGCAACGGCCGCACCACCACCGCCGCAGCUCCCGACAGAGGAGAGCGUCGACGCUCUCUGCAACACGCUUCACCACUGGCAUCACUGCCCAGAAUUGUACAAGGCCAUAGAAGGCAUCCGCUUUAUCGCCGAUCAUACAAAAAGAGAAGAGGAUUCCACUAGAGUCAAGGAGGACUGGAAAUACGUCGCGAUGGUGCUCGACAGACUAUUCCUCUGGAUCUUUACGCUAGCCGUAGUUGUCGGCACGGCUGGGAUUAUAUUACAGGCGCCAACCUUGUACGACGAUCGCAUCCCCAUCGAUGUACGACUCUCCGAGAUCGCCUCCACCACUGCCAAGCCACUCAUGGUCACGAACGUCCUCUGAGGGAUAAUUACUAAUUACGUUAAUGCCGUGCGUGUAAAGCCAUAUGCGAACACAUACAUAACAAUCUAUUAUGACAAAUACGACUAACGAAACGUAUUAACGUCCGAAAGAGACUGAAGCCUCGCCAAGUCUUCAAACCUUUGCGUGAAUGUAUAUCGUUGCGUCGCUGCCGAACAGAGAAUUCUUAUUAUUAAGGCACAAUAUGUGUUCUAUACUCCUCUCUCUCUCUACUUCGCUAUAAAUUCAGAAUAUUUGUUAAUUAGGAAUUUUUGUAUAGAUAGAUGAAUUAAAGGAAUCAGAAUUUUUCUCAAAUAGAUUUCUAAUCUUCGAAUUUAGAAAUUGAUUUUAGGGAUAUUGCGUUGAUAUUUGUUGCAUUCUUUUUAAUUAUUUAAUAAUAAUAAUUACUGUCUAUAAGCGAGGUAUUCUUGCGCCGAUAUAAUUAAUUAAUUAUAGGGACCUAUAUAAAGAAUAGAUCUACAGUCAUAUCUGCAGGCGUUGAUUUUGUCGUCUUAGUAAGAAUUCUCGAGCUACAGCGGAGAAUAAACUUUUUGCGCAAACGCAUAGAGAGUGAUAAAGAAAGGAGUAUCACGACAACAAAUAUGUCUCAACUAUUUGCACGCUGAUCGCGUUUGAUUCCGUGUAGCACAUGGACGGUGUAAGAAGUUCAUAAUGUGUAGGUAAUACACAAUCUGAUGUAUACGCAAGAUAUAUAUCUUCUUAUUUCUCAAAUUAAAUAGGAAAAAAUUCAAGUUGUUAAUGUCGAUAAAAUAAACAUUUAUUUUUUGCGCGGCUUAAUCAGAUUCAUUUUUAAAUAUACGUCAAAAUAUACAAUUUUUUUCUUUCAUAAAUAUGUUUGCGCAAUUAUUGCUGAUCAAGUUAAUCGCCACAAAUUUUUA